UCGCUCGCCGCAGUGCCACGCCGGUCGCCGGCACCACCGCCCGCGUCACUGCAUCCCCCCAUUCGGGAACAUUCGUUCGAUAACAGGCGUCGCGUUGCGGUAGGUUUCGUAUGACGAACGUUCGCCGAAGGUUUCGGCAUCCGUGCGAGAAACAGUGUUUAAAAAAAUAUAUUACCCAAAUAUGACAGUGUAUAAAGUGCUGAAUUUUUGUACGUCGCAUUUAACGAAGUUAGUGCAUAGUUUAGUGAGUGUGUGAUGGAAAUUCAAAGUUUUACGCAUUGAAGCAGGUUUAUAAGUAUUCUGCCAAAUUGUUGAGUAUCUAAUCAAAAGUGGACUGUGAUCGCCUUAUAGGCGUUAAAUUAUAAGUUAAUAGUGUAACAUUAAGUGCUUGUUUACCAAAUAUUUAUACCUUGUAACCAAUAAAUCAGCCUUAACUAUAGAACGAAAUCACCUUGAAGGACCAAAAGAAUUUUGUAAACUUUUUAAUAGUUGACGAUCGCCUUAAUUUUUUACGAGAUCCUAGUGUAAGUGUAAAUAAAUGUCAGUGCUUGAGAACUGUUUUUUACUGGAUCAUUUUGUACGAUUACAACGAAUUCUUGUAGAAUGGUAGAUUUGAGGGAAUGUGGUUUGUGGUGGUUCCGUGACAACGUGAGGUGGUGUUAAAAAGUGGGGAAGUACUGAGAAGUGAUCAUGGAGCGCUGUGAUGGAUUCCUGGUGUACAGAAAGCCGGUCUACAGGGUCUUCCAGUAUUUGGAAACCCAUGAGCCGGAGGGCGGUGGGCGUUGCGGCGAGGGCCCGCUAGCGCGCGCCAUGCAGCCCGCGCCACCGGGCGGCUCGCCCAAGCGCCACCAGAACUCGGCGCCCGCGCAUGGUGCCGCAGCAGGCGACCAGUCCACAUUGAAGGUGCACCUUCCGAACGGAGGGUUCAACGUGGUGCGCGCAUCAGCUGACGAGGAUGUGAGGUCCGUGCUCAGGCUGCUGGCAGCCAGGCUAGCGGCCGGAGACAGGGUCUACACGUCCUGUUAUGCGUUAAGGGCUAAGAGGCUUACUACUGGCAAGAUCCGCUGGAUCCACCAAGACACGCCGGUAUCGGAGCUGCUGACAAAAUGGCCGGCGAGCGAGUGGCGGCUGGAGCUGCGUGUGCGCUACUUGCCCGCGAAUCUGCGCGACCUCUGCGACGCCGAUCGAGUCACCUUCCAUUAUUAUUACGACCAGGUGCGACACGACUACCUCAACGCCAAUCAUCCUAUGGUAGACCAGGAGUUGGCGAUACAAAUAUGUUGUUUAGAAAUAAAAUACUUCUGUAAGGAUAUGCAGAUAUCUCUGGAUAAGAAGUCCAACAUCGAGUACUUGGAGAAGGAGUUUGGUCUGCACAAGUUCCUCCCCAAGUCUGUGCUCGACGCCAUCAAGCCCAAGGUGCUCAAGAAAGCGAUACAGCAGCAGUUCAAAAAGGUGGCUAACCUAAGCGACACGGAAUGCAUGCUGAAAUACCUGGAUACCAUGCACACACACUACGGGUACGACCGGGAGACGUUCACAGGAGCACUCGGUACCGGCUGGGCUAUACCCGUCGAGUUAGCUAUCGGACCUUUUAUAGAUAUAUCAUACGUAUCUCACAAGGCGGGCGAGCCCCCCACGUACACGAAGAUCGCAUCGUUCUCUGACAUCGUGGCCGUGCAGACGCUCAAGUCCAACUGCACGCAGCAGUCGCAGACGCAGAGUGGUUCAUGCGGCAAGGCAGCGCUACAGUUACGAGUGAAGGGCGCAACAGAAACGCUUACUAUAACGUGCAGCAGUGUUGAGGCUGCAGAAAGUUUAGCAGAUUUAGUUGACGGAUACUGUAGACUGGUCACAGAAUCACAAACCUCUUUAUGGAAUAGAACGACAACCGUUUGGAAACAACUGAACUGCCAGUGUAGAACUGAAAUGAGCAGCAGUUCGUCAGAAGGUAAGACGAGUUCGUGGGAAGCGAACACGGCCACGCUGCUCUCUGAAGACUAUGCCGAGAUUGUUGAUGACGAUGCGGACUACUCUACGCCCGCAGUUCGAGAUUACGAAUUAGUACGAAAUCAAAUAGAAUUAACCGGCAUCAUUGGUGAAGGACAGUUUGGAGAUGUACAUAAAGGCACAUGUAAAGUGACGUCAUCGAACCACCCGUCGCUGCGGCGGCAGCUGGCGGCGGGCGCGGCGCGGGGGGAGGCACUGCUGCCCGUCGCCGUCAAGACCUGCAAGAUGGACGCCGACCUCGAUACCGCUGAGAAGUUUCUGGAAGAGGCUUACAUAAUGCAGCAGUUCUCUCACCCGCACAUCAUCGGGCUGGUCGGCGUGUGCAGCUCGCCGCCGAUAUGGAUCGUCAUGGAGCUCGCCACGCUCGGCGAGAUGAGGGCCUAUCUGCAGCAGAAUGCACACAGGUACUGUAUCAGCACAGACAUAAUGCAGCAGUUCUCUCACCCGCACAUCAUCGGGCUGGUCGGCGUGUGCAGCUCGCCGCCGAUAUGGAUCGUCAUGGAGCUCGCCACGCUCGGCGAGAUGAGGGCCUAUCUGCAGCAGAAUGCACACAGACUAGAAACGUGCACACUAGUGUUGUACAUCUACCAGCUAUCGACAGCGCUGAGUUACCUCGAGAGCAAGAAGUUCGUGCAUCGAGACAUCGCCGCUAGGAACGUGCUCGUGUCCACGCCUACUUGUGUUAAGUUGGCCGACUUCGGCCUAUCAAAGAUGGUGGAAGACAAGUCGUACUACAAGGCGUCGCGCGGCAAGCUGCCCAUCAAGUGGAUGGCGCCCGAGUCCAUCAACUUCCGCCGGUUCACCUCAGCAUCCGAUGUCUGGAUGUUCGGUGUAUGCAUGUGGGAGAUCCUAAUGCUGGGAGUAAAACCGUUCAGCGGCGUCAAAAACAACGACGUGAUCGGCAAGCUAGAGAACGGGGAGCGACUCGCCCUCCCGCCGCGCUGUCCGCCGCGCCUCUACUCCGUCAUGUCGCGCUGCUGGGCCUACGAGCCCUCGCAGCGACCCGCCGCGCAUGCGCUCAAGGAGACGCUGUUUGAGAUUCUCCAAGAGGAGCGCAGUUCGGCAUGGGAGACGAUGCGGCGAGAGAACCGGCGCGUGGCCGCCGCCUCCUUCAGCGAGGAGCCGCCGCCCAAGCCGCAGCGACCUGCCAAUAAUAUUGCGGUGAGUGACACAACAGCGCAACCAGCGGGCGGUGGCGCAGCGCAAACAUACAUCGUAGCGCAGAACCCGCUCGUCCUAGCUCACCUACUGCGCGAGAACCAAGCCCGAGCCCUCCACCCGCAGGCCUACACCACGCCCGCCUCGGUAUUCAACACCGUCUCCGUAGACUUCGCCGACACUCUCCCGGAGACCCACGACAUCGUCGACAAGAUCAUACAUCCCCGGCCCGACGAGAAGAUCGAUAUACCCCUACAAACUGCCCCCAUUCCCGCCGCUAGCUUACAGAAAUUAGACCCCAUUGUCCCCGCUCCCACUCCUUCUGAAGCUUCAGAUGAGACUUUGACUGUAGUGGUAGGCGCGCGAGAGAGUUGCGAUAAUCUCUGUCAGAAUAUUCCCAACGUGUCCCCGAGAGACACAGCCUCCCCCUCCCCUGCUGUCGAACCUGACAUGCCGGAGCCUUAUGCCAGUCGCGUCAGGUCUUUAGAACGAAACACCAGAGGUGCUCUGUCCAGCGCUGAGCGAGCUCCAAUACGCAUGGGCUCGUUGGAACGUAACGCGAGGGGCAGUGUCUCCCACCGCGGCUCACCAGUGCCCAUAGCUCCGUUCACUCGCCAGCACUCAGUCCCCGCCUCCCCCCCGCCCCGCACUCGACGAGACCAAGACGUCGGACAGUUCGCAGUACAAGGCGCACUCAAUGCUCAACUAGCGGCCAGUGUCAUGAACAAAAUGCGAACACAACCAGACCCGCCAUUAGUAGAGGAGAUAUACGACUUCGGUGGGGAUAACGUGAAGAGUUGCGUGGCGGUGGCGGCCCAACGAGCAUUAGCGCGGCCUCAGUACCGACGUGAAGGAGGUGGGGCGGGGGGCGUGCCCGUGGGCGUGGUUCAAGGCGUGCCCUACGCGCCGCGGACUAAACUACCUCCAGGCAUGGUCCGUUCAGCGAGUCCACAGCCGUAUCCUCAAGCAGGCUUUCCUGGACAGCCAAUGGGCGUUGUCCCUCCCAUGUCGUAUGGCGGCCAGCAGAUCUAUACUCACAGCGUAUCAGGGGCCCAGCCGAUGAUGUACCGAGCUCAGGUAGCGAGCUCGCAAGCGCCACAGUUAGCGGGUCCGGCAUAUCGUCCGGCAAUGGUACAGGCAGCUGACGCGUCGGUUAUCUUCGCGUCUCGGAUGGAGUGUCAGCCGGUGGCGACUGUGUCCGUUGCACCCAGCGUCCCAGUGUCCGGGGCACCCGGUCCGUCCGGUCCGGUAUCACAAGGAGUGAUGCAGGUCCACGGCGCCGUCCCGGGCGUCACGUCCGGCGUUUCGCACGUUCACGGAGUGGCACAGCCCGUGCAGAGUCCGGAAUGCGACAGCGAACAAGCGGUAGAAAGGCGACUGCUCGCCGAGUUAGCAAGACAACAACACCAGAGUGAAGAGGACAGACGAUGGCUGCAAAUGCAAGAGAGUUUGACAAAGCGUUUAUCAAAUGUCCAGCUGUCUACAGAAUCUGAACCGGGAACGGAACAGAAGUCAGAAAGCACGAAUGAACCGAAGCCGUCUAGUCAACCGCAUUCAGCGCCAACGUCAGCAGAAACGAGUCCAGCGAAUACUGUGUCAAAGGAACGACCGCCCAGUGAAGACAAGUGCACAGAACCAGUAUACGUGGCUACCACCGGCGUGGUGCGGUGCGUGAUGCGGCUGGCGGGCGCGGCGGCGGCUGGGGCGGAGGCGGCCGGUCUACUUGCAGCUGUGCGGGCUGUGGGACACGAUCUAAGGGAGCUCUGUGCAACAGUCGAUAAAGUCGUCGUGCCCUUCCCGCAGCAUGCCCAGAGGGAGGUGGAGAUGGCGCAUCAGGUGCUGAGCAAAGACAUGGCGGCGCUAGUGGAAGCCAUGCGCCUCGCCAUUCAGUACCACAACACCACGCUACACCACGAUUAUACCAAAAACAUGCUAGCAGCCGCUCACAUACUAGCAAUGGACGCCAAAAACCUACUCGACGUAGUAGACUGUAUACGCGCUCGACAUCCCCACGUGGACUGGCGCUCCGCCCUGGAGCCCGAGCCCGCUAGCCCCGGCCCGCAGGUUGUCACACCACAAAACCAAACGCUGACCUCUCAAAACCAGGUCUUCGCGCCUCAGAACCAAAUAUGCGUUCCUCAGAACCCGGUGUUAAGCACCCAGUCCUCUGUACAAGAGGACGACGCCCCGCCGCCCAAGCCUGACUUCAAGGUCAACCAGCCCGUCACCACCAGCCAGCACACAGUUACAGAACCGCCCAAAGAACACAGCAGUCUUCCCGCAGCACCCAACAGGGUGUCAACACUCAUACACAACUACAACCUCUACGGUAACGUCAGAGAACCACAACACAUAUAUGGCAACACUGAAGCCACUUCUUUCCCCUUCUCCUCAACGAGCUCCGAUGACGUGAAAGUAGACUCAGCCCCGAUGGAAUCCGUUAAAAGUCGGGUCCAAGCCAUCUCCGGCAAACUUGACUCACCCCCUAUUUACUCUAUCAGCAAAAAAAUGGUUCCUCUAGAUCAGAACGUUGGUCACACCGAUCAGGGGUGAAUGACAUCUAAAAGUUCUUCGCUUGUAGUGGCAUUUUUUUUUAUUUACGUCUUAUGACGUCGACAGCUUUACAUAGGGUACGACCUAAUAUUAGAACGACUAGUGUACUUACCCGGAUAUGCUCAUAGAUAUUAUCGUUUGCCGCUUGAAUUCUAUAGUGCGAUGCUUAUUUGGAAAAGACAGAAUGCUCAAUAUUAUCCGUAGCGAAUUAAGUGAGCCAAAUAAUUGUCGUUGUAUCCAUCCAUUUCGCGUUCCUUUUAUCGGAGUUCAUAUACAUAACCGUUUAUAUUAAAUUUUUAUUCCUGUAAAUGGCGCGUUAAACUUUAGUGGAAACGCAAAAUGAAAACUAGAUAACAAAAAAAACAUUCAAUUGUAUCUGUUUAAAUUCAUAAUCUCGAAAUCGAAGUCAAUUCUGCCUAAAAAUUAAAAUAAAUGUACAGAAUUCCACGCAUCUUAAAUAUUUUUUGUCUAAAUGUAAAAUGGCCUAAAGCAUCAUAUUGCGUUUUCACUCUUAAAGAUUCUAUCUCAUAAGUGCGGUUAAUAAAUAAUUUCAGCUUUAAAAUAGAAUUUGCAUUAAAACGCUUAUUUUAUAGUAAAAAGCGUGCCAUUUACAUGAAUAUAAAUAACUAAAUAUGUUGAUCAUUUAGUAAUAUCUAUUGACAUAUCAUCAGCAUUGUUGUGCUUCAAAUAAAAUGCCUAUUCGUGAAUAUUAUUGUUCGACAUAUCUGUUCUGAAACUUCACACAUUUCAUAACAUCAUCAUACAACUAAGAAGUUAGUUGGGUAUGCCUGGAGACCGCGUCGUGAUAAUUUUGACAGCUGUCAUUAUAACUCUCGUGACAAUACAAACUGUCUCGGAACGUUGGACUCCAGUCAUACCUUAAAGCUCCUUGGUCAUAAAACUGUGGAUUGUGAAAUCAUGAUAAUAUUGAUUUGUGAUAUUAUUGCCAAUAAAAUUUGAAUACUUUUUAUAAUAAGGGCGGCUAUGUAACGCAGUACAGAGAGCACAUUCCUCAAACUUGCACCUAAUUAGUAAGUUUUGUAGUUAUUUUUCAUACAAAGUUUAUAUUUUUGGUGUAAAGGUAUUGCCGAUUUUAUACUCAACCAGUGGGUGUUGCACAAACCUAAAAACAUUUAUGUACCUACUCCUAAUUAAAUUAAUUGCAGAUUCUACCAAAAUGGUAGAAUAGAACUCAGAGAAAAUGAUUUUUAAACAAAUAUUCUUAUCGCAGUAUAAACAACAUUUUUUAUUUUCAUUUUUUAAGAUCACUGUAAAUUAAAAUGACGUGGUUAUAAGGUUUGUGCUAGGCCCACAUAAUUGGUGCAUACGUGUAAGAAUGAAUUCUUCCGUAAAACAAUAAUUGUCUCGUUGUCGUUUGAAAUUCAUUAGAAAGUAUUAUUUUUUAAUGUAAAAUGUAUUAUUGCGAGUAACGUGUAUAUUUUCGUUAGGUAAGGUGCGUUUACAAGUCACAACUUAUUGUAACAUUUUGCAUUUAAUUCCUUAUACAUUGUCACAGUAUUCAGCCGGAUUUGAAUUUUAUAAUUUUCUUUGUAAAAAUGUACAAAACAAAUUGUCAAUAAUUAUUUUAAUUUUUUAUCCAAAGUUUUUAUUAUAAGCUUAGAUCUCAGAUGGAAUUUGUAGCGUACGUUAAAACGAUUAGUUUUGUAAUUAUGAAAUAUCAGAAUUUAUUUAUUGACGAAUCUUCGGUUUAUUUGUAAAGUUGAUUUUCCUAAUGUGUUAGUAUUUAAGCAGGAUAUCAUUCCAAAGUAUAAUGGUUAUAGUAAGCAGUACGUAGUCCAUAUAUUAUUGUAGUGAGCUGCCUGAGAUUAUUUUCCAAAUAUCUGAUAAUGGUGGACCGGUUUUUGUUUAUGCAUUGAAUAAAGGACAAGUCAAUCAUUA